AACUUUUCGGCCAAAGUUUCAGCUGCUCCGCGGCAGACGAUCCGCUUACGCGCGUUUGCGGCUCCGAUUUUAAUAGUUUCGUCCGGUUAAAAUGACAAGAAGGAGAUAGUCGGGCUCGACACGGAUUGCGGUUGUCUUUCGGAACGGAGUUUUUGUUCUAAAAGUGUUUUUUUUUUUUUAAGGGAAAUCCUCUUUUCGGAAAAGUUGGGGGGAAAAGAGAGCUGUUAGACCCCUAGACCCUCCGUCACGGAGCAGGACGGGCAGAGAGCUCAGGAUGGAACACACGGUUUUUCUUCUCGUGCUGGGUUUGACCGUGGUGAGCAGAGGAGCAGCUGAGCUCGGCUUCAAUUUGAACCUGAACCAGACGGCCAAGCAGCAUGCUUGUGUGGAGAACGAGGAGUAUUCACACCAUGGAUUAUGCUGCAAAAACUGCGAGGCUGGGACCUACGUGAAGGAGAAGUGCACUGCAAAUCAGGAGAUGGGAAUAUGUGAACCGUGCAAGACGGGCACCUACGCCGAGCAUCCAACUGGCAUGGAAAUGUGCCUCCAGUGUAGUCCGUGCCCUGCGGGUCAAAUAGAAACACAGAAGUGCACAAGCACAAUGGACACUACGUGUGAGUGCAGGUCUGGCACAUUCUGUCUGCCAGAUGAGCCCUGUGAAGUGUGCAAGAAGUGCACUAGGUGCAAAGCAGAUGAAAUUGAGGAGCGGGCGUGCACUCCAACCUCCAACACAAAGUGUAAAAAACGCCCUUUAUCACCUCAUGACCCCACUGUGAUGCCCACAGUCUCACCCACAUCCAGUACUGAAAAUCAUGGCAUCAUGGUGUCGGUUGUAUUGUUUCUUUUAUUCUUGGUUUUCAUCUUGAUCAUUGUGUUGGUGCUUCGGCGGAAGAGACGACUCCGUAGACAACAAGCAAGCCCAGUGGUUCAAAAUAAUGAAGUAAAGAUUCCUAUUGAUGGUGUUUGUGUUCCUACCUCUGAGGAGUGUGAGAACAAUCGUAACGCAGGAUUAGAGGAGGCAGAGCUGCCUCGCACGGAGUCUCGUCCGCUGCUGCAAGAGACUCACAUCCUGGGGAGUAAAAGCAUCCCAGUGGAGGAUGAGGACAGAGGACUUGGGGAUAGCCUACCAAACACCACCAGCUCCUCCCAGACCAGUCUAUCUGCUCUGCCCGUCAACAUGACACUUCCUAUUUCAGCCAGCUGUGAGAGGGAGGCAGAGUCAUGGGCCAAGGAGGAUGGCACACCCCGAAAACUGGUGCCCUUACUUGCUGAGGAAGUGUCUCUAAGCAAGAGCUUCGACCUGUUUGACGUACUGGAUGUGCGUGUUCACAACAAGUUUUUUCGCAGCAUUGGUGUAAGUGAUAACGCCAUCAAGCUUGCAGAGUCGCACAACGCUAGCGACAAAGUGUAUGAACUGUUGCGCGUGUGGAUGCAACGUGAGGGACUCCGAGCCAACAUCAAUUCCCUGCUACAGGCGCUGCUCGAUCUCGACCAGCGCUACUCCGCCGAGCAGAUCGCCUGCCGUGCAGUUGAGCGUGGCUACUACAAAUACGAGUGAUGAGAAAACGUAUAAAUGAAGAGAGAAAAAAAAAAAAAAGAAAACAGUGCCUCGUAAUGAACUUGUAAAGUGGAAAGCAUCGUGCCUUACCUUUACACGGCCUAUAAUGGACUAAAGGUGCAAAUGUUGUUUACGACAAGUGGGUUAAUAUGAAUGAAACUCAUUUAACCAAACUCGUGAGCUAUAACAAGCAUUUGAGAGUCAUGUGGGGGUGCUAGGUUUUUUUUUUUGUUUUGUUUCGUUUUUUGGCUGCUGUAGCUGAACAGUUCAUGAUGCCUCCCAUUACCUCUCAGGCGUAUAAAAAGAAAAAAAAAGAAUUGAAAGAAAAUGCCUGUAAGCAAUUGUGUGAAACUAUGCUACACAAGAUAAAGAGAGAAGCAAUGCUUAAUUCAGCCUCUCGUUCGUCCACGCAUGUGCACUGAUGUUCUGCAGCAAAGCGUAUCGUCGUAGAAAAUUUAAACGGCGUGGCAACCUCUUCUGUUUUUUUUCUAAACAAAACACUGGGCUGUGAAAAAGACAAAAAACAAAAAAAAAUAUGUUUAGAUGAUCAUUAUGACAUUGAAACACACUCAUUAAGAGCAGCCUGAUGUAAGAAAGAGAAUGUCGUGUUUGAGACAGGCAGAGGGAGGACUUGGCUUUUGUUUGUCUGUUAAAGCUCUGUUUGUAGCAACUUUUUAUUUGGCUAUUUUAAAGCCAUCACUGGACUCAGCGAGAAUUUGCGCUAGGUAACAGCGUAGCUUUGUCUCAAAUUGUGCACUGGCCUCAGGCUUUUUUGUUUGUUUGUUUGUUUGUUUUUAUAUAAAUAAAUACAGGUUGGUCCAAAGCCUGCAAAUACUUUUUUUUCUUUCUUUUUUUCCCCACUGGUGAUGCAUACAAGCAGCUUUAAUUAUAGUAAACAAAAUGUUUGGUUUUGACUAAUUGGUUUUGUGCACAUUUAUAGUUAAAGGCAGUUUUACCAAUAGACCAGACAUCCUCUAACAAGGCUGCAGCCCAGUUUGAAACAUAAAAAAUUUCCUGAGGUCCACGCAAACCAAUAAUCACAACUCUGAUCAAUACACAAGACUACCAUUAAUGAAGAAUAUCACAUUGGUUAAAUCCCAUGUUUUGUUUUAUUCCUUCUGGUUGUUUUGUAAAUGUGAAUACUUUAAUCAGAAAGAUUUUAUGGGAGUUUUAAACCUAAUUUCAAAAUUAGAAGUAAAAAAAUGUUUUAUUUAUUUGUUAUGAACGGUGUCUCACUGUCCCCCUUGAGUACAUUUACAGCAGUACCACGCUUUGGGGGGGAAAAACUGCCCUAAACUACACUAAAUGCCUCUACAGUUUUUGACAUUUUUUUCAGCUUUGUUUUUCCAUUGUUCAAUGAUAUUGACUAUGGUAGAAUAGAGGAAGGAAGGGGACACAAAGAUGAUUUGUUUUUUGACAUAAGUCAAGGUCAUAAAGCUUUCUAACAUAGUUCAUGCAAAACAAAAUAUAUAUAUGAAAUAGUAGUAGACUGUAAAGAUUGAUUUGCAGUCAUGGUUUAAUGUAAAUGUCCUGUCUGCUUAGGAUAUUUCACAUAUUUAAGGACGUAUUCUGCUUCGUUCACCAGCAAGUCCAUGUCACUGCGGAAAGUGAACUUAGUAAAGUCAGUUAGACAAACCUCUUCAGCCUCUUCCAUUUCCUUAUUUAUGUAGAAUUUGGAUAUAUUUAUUGUCAUAGUAGAACUAUGUGUAAUUAUUUAUACCUUUUAAUCAUAUUCAAGUGUGUUGUUGUGUGUAGGUUUUCAAUUGCCUUGCAGUGUAAGGCACAACAACUACAAGCAAGUGGCAUUGAUUUUUAAGCUGCCAAAAGCUCAGUGCUGUUUGGCACAAACUUCUACAUUUCUUAAACGGGUGCCCCAUUGCUCCCAUUCAACACAUGACAAAAACAAGAUUACUUCUUUGUUGUUUGUUUGUUUGUUUGUUUUUGUUUGUUGUUUGUUUGUUUUAUACUCUCAACCUAUUGCAUGUAGUAGUAAAUCAUGGAUGUGUUGGUACGUGUGGAUUUUUAUUUUAUUAUUAUUAUUUUUUUUUUAAAAAGAUCUCAUGGAAAGAUGAAGGUCUUUUCCACUCAUCGAGAUUUGAAUUUCAUUUAUUAUGACCUGAGCUGUAUAUAGUCAUAGAAGGAAUCAUUUAAAUACCAGAAAUUGCAGAUAUAUAUUAUAAAUAUACGUAUCUAUUGAAAACCUAGAGUGAGGAGAAUGAAGUAUAGUGACAUCCUACAAACUGAAGGAACAAACUGACUGCUGAAUGAGUUCAUAAUAGAAAGUUAUGUAAGGGGACACUCAGUGUGAAGCUAUUUCAUAAACUAUAAUGAUACUGUUCUAGCCUACAACAGAGUUAAAAUUAUUUAUUCAUGACCGUGUCAUAGAGAUUGUUGCCAUUUACAAGUUCCUAUAUACACUCCUUUAUUGGUUCGUUUGUGAGAUUGUAAAUGAGCUUAGGUCUUCGACUCAGCUGUGUGUAAAUUGCCAUAGCUGUAUAAACUAGUUGUAAGUAAGAGUGUAUUCUCUAAAUGGGGGGAAAAAGACUUGUUCAGUGUUCAUUCAGCUCAUGUAACAGUGCAGGCACUGCCACCUAGUGUUUUCAAAAAUUAAAUAUUAUAAUGUGGACUGAUACUGUCUGGUCCAAAAGAGAACUGAUACUAGUGAAGAAGAUACAUGGCGCAAGACAUCCUUAAAAAAAAAAAAAAAGUCUAAAGUCAGUAAAUGUUUUCUUACUGACUAAAAACGAUAAAGUACAAUUUCAUUCAAUUUAAUCAGAUACUUAAAUUUUUUUUUUUUUACAAAUCUGCUGUCAGUUGGAUAAACCUUUCCGUUAAAGUUUCAUUCAAACUUUUGGACCAGACUGUACAUGCAUCAAUAUCAAGGGACCUGUUUUUCUUCUUCCUGUUUUUUUUUCCUUUCUCUGUUCUCUUCUUAUGCACUUGUAGUGAGUUUUUUUUUUU